AUGGACUCGGUGUGGGUCAACAUUCCAAAGGUUCUCUGCCAGGUUGUGGUGGAGAUCAGCCAGACGCGCUGCAGCAAUACGUGGGACUGCAGAUUGCGCUGCUUCUGCAGUGGGCAUCGCGAGUGUGGCCGACUAUUGGAAUAUGGCCGCGGCCACAAUUCCUACAAAUCCUUUCAUGCCGGGAACUGCGGGGCUGUGGAUGACACAGGACGUUGCUUUGGACAUGUGUGCCAGACGAACUGCGACGUUAAAGCCGGCAAGGCAUUGGACGACUUGAUCUCAAGCUGUCGCAAAGAGAUGAGCCAUGAAAGCGAUAUCUCGUACAACAAGUUCAUCCUUGGCGAAAUGGUGAUCAAGACUCUGGUGCAGGUCCGGGAAAAGUUCCAGACCAAAUGCAUCAAACGUUAUGAAUGUGAUUUGAGAUGCCUAGGUUGCAGCGGUCAUCGCGAGUGCUUUCGCAAGGGACACCCGCAUUUGGCUCCCGGAAAUGGAACAAAUCAUGCGUCCAACUGCGGUCUGCACAUCUACUCCCCCAACUGGAGUUGCGGAAAGCAUCACACAUGUGGAUCCAAGAGCCCCAACGAGCACCUUGCGCCACAGCUGACGGAUUUGGGAGAUCAGGUGACCAAGCUUCUUGCAACACCUUUUGGGCCGCACACCCCGGUGGUCAUGGAGGUCGCCGACUCGGCGUCUUUGCUGGCAUCGCAAGCCACAGAUGCCACGUUUGUAGCUUCGCAGGCGGGAGGUGCAGGAUCACAGAAUGAGGUGGAAUCAGCGGUCUCGUGCACUUCCUCCACAUCCUGGCUAUCUGCAACUGGCCCGCAUUGUUUCCUUCCGACCAUGCUCUUCCGCCAGGCGGACGCAAAGACCUUCUACAUGUAUGCGCAAGAGCUCGUCAAGGGCUCGCGCGUGCUUGCAGCGGAUGAGGUGACGCAGCUUGAGGUCAUCCGCAUCCAGCAGCAAAGGGCAUCCAGUUUUGUUGUCUUGCACGCGGAUGGCACGGAGGCUUUCAAGACAACCCCUAGCCAUCGUGUCAUGACCCCCAAUUUCGGAGGGGAGCCUUUGGCCGUCAAAGCCGGGGAGCUGAAGGUCGGAGACUUUGUGUUGUGCACGGGUCACCUGGCCAAGAAGCUUAUCGCAAUCGACACGGUGAUGGAAGAUGCGGCCGAUGUUAUUGCCAUCACUUUCAGUCCAGAUCUGCCUGUCGCUGUGUUCAUGCCAGCGCCGUCGGUGAUUCUCACCAGGGGCCUGACUAUCAAACCCACCCGCCGCGGUGGCAUGAAGAAUCAAUCCCAAACGCCGUACGUGCAGACUCCUGAUCAGAACGCAGACGAGGUGAGCCAUGUCCCGGACACUGACACUGGCUUCGAGAACUGGCUGGCUAUGUGGAUGCCGAACUGUACAGCUGAUGAAGCGCACUUGGUGCAGCAAAGAACGACCUCCUACGCUUUCUUCCGGAGGGCAGGCGUUUUCGCAGCUCCCCGCUUGGAGGCCAUCCCAAAUGCACGAGCCCGACAGAUGCUCGGGAGGUACCUGCAGGUCGGCGAGAAGAGCGCCGACAAGAUCGAGGCCGCCACGGAGGCGGUGCAGUCUGCCCUGGAAAGGAACAGGUCUCCGUAUGGCCCACGAGCUGGAGGCUUCUCCGUCGGGUCGUUGUCUAACCAGGUGGAGCGAACGCUGCAGGCGGCGGAGAAUGCUCUCAG